AUGGACAACUCAACAUAUGGUAUCGUCAAAUUUUUGUUUCCACGCAUCCCGUCGUUUACGAAGACGGCCGUUGCUCACUCCCUAUCGCUAUCUCCAACAUCUUCAAAAUGGGAUCUCAAGACCGAAAUGACUGUUGCUUUCUUGCGCUCUCUCAUGAACGGUGGUCCCUCCCCAGUUGGACUGACGCAAGCUCGCACUCUGCAGGAUCCUGGCGCCAAGGGUAAGGUCUGGACAGCCAAAGUCACUAUUCCGGCUCCCAAGGACGAAAGCAUCAGAGAUGCCACCUUUACUGCCAUUGCAGACCUUGGAGAUGGCAAUGAGACAUAUACAAAGCCAGGACUUUCUGCUAUCGAAGCCGAGUGGACGGGCUUCCGACCUGAUGCUGGUGCUGAAGAGCCUUUGCCGAACAUCUCAGAGCAGGAGAAAUAUAACAAAUUGAUGAAUGAGCCCACGACAUCGAGCAAGACGACAAUUCUCUAUCUCCAUGGUGGAGCCUACUACAUGUGCGGAUUUGGAACUCACAGACUGAAUGUUUCGAAAUUAGCAAAGGCUUGCAAUGGAAGAGCAUUCAAUGUUGCCUAUCGUCUCGCGCCACAAGCUGCUUUUCCAUCACAGCUACUAGACGCACUUAACGCAUAUCUCUACUUGUUGUACCCACCUCCUGGAGCUUUGCAUGAGCCGGUCUCUGCGAGCAAUAUUGUCUUUGCCGGUGACUCGGCAGGUGGUAACUUGGUUUUCGCGCUGCUUCAACUCUUGUUGCAACUUCAUCGUACUAAGCCAGUGGAUUCAAAGAACCCUACUGUCCGGUACCACGGAAAGGCAGUUGAGGUACCUCUACCUGCCGGCGCAUCAGCCAACUCUGGCUGGUUCGAUAUCACCAGAUCAAUGCCUUCUUUAGUACACAAUGCAAAGUACGACUACCUUCCGCCAGCAGAUCAUGACGAUGCCUUGGGACGAUUUCCAAAAGACGAUUUCUGGCCUACUACACCGCCUAGAGGUGACUUGUUCUGCGAUCUCAGUAUGAUAUGUCACCCUCUCGUGUCCCCACUCGCGGCCAAAGACUGGAGCAAUGCACCACCACUUUGGAUCGAGACAGGAGAAGAACUUCUCACGGACGAAGAUUUGGUAGUCGCUGUCAGGGCAGCCACUCAAGGUGUAAAGGUCCACUUCGAGCAGUACGAGGCAAUGCCUCACUGUUUUGCUAUGCUUCUACCUACACUUGCUAACAGCAAGCGUUGUGUCGAUUCAUGGGGCGCGUUCUGCCGGAAAUGUACGGAAGGCACGGUGGAGACAAGUGGUACUUGGAUCGCAGCCAAGACUGGACUUGAGAAAGAGGUCGAUGUGACAAAGGUCACCGAGUUGACUGUUGAGGAUGCUAUCGAGAGGAUGAGAGAUGCCCAAAAGAGACGGUACGCUGGCUACGAGAAAGAGGGUAAAUCAAUGCCCAAUCCGAGCUUGUAA